ACGCACAAGAGUACAUGCUGGGAACGCUGUCUGCCAUCGAUGCGCCGUAAAUGUCGUUUUUACAACUGCUCCGUUAUACCCACCCACCUACCUUCCACCACGCUCCUAUCUCUGUGACCAGCAGCCCCCGCCCAGCCCUCUGCCACCCCGUCAGCCCUGCACAGCCACCGGCCACGUCUCAAAACUGCGCUUUGUGCACGGCCACUACAAGAAAGUUGACCGAGCAGCUAGUGACCGAGGGCGGCGGAGGAGAGGAGAGCUCAGAGGACUGUGCACAGGCUCCGUUGUCAGACAGCGCGACCGACAACAACAUUAAGCAAAAGAGACACAGCUCAACACAGGACCAAAGAGAGAAGGAUUCACACGAAGCACGACUGACUGACAACAGGUGACAGCCAUGAUGCCACGCUACAGAGUGAACUGCAGCACCAUGACAUUCCUGGUGAUCCUACAGGGAGCAGCAGUAGUGCUGUUCUGCAGCUGGUAUGUCCAACUCAGCCCCUGUGACCCACCCCCAUCCAAUGCCAAAGUCCACGUUCUGCUGCUGUCAUCGUGGAGAUCAGGUUCAUCCCUCAUGGGCCAGGUGUUCAGUCAGCACCCGUCUGUCUUCUACCUUAUGGAGCCCGGUUGGCAUGUGUGGACCAAGCUGCAGAAAAAUGGUGCACAGGCGCUUCGAAUGGCAGUGAGGGAUCUCUUACGGAGCCUGUUCCAGUGUGACUUUUCAGUGAUGGAGUCCUACCUUCCAGAGAACCACAAUGUGUCGUCCUUGUUUAUGUGGAGUCACAGUCGAGCUCUGUGCUCGCCUCCAGUCUGUCCUCUCACGCCACGUGAUCAGUUCAGCAACCAGACUUUGUGCCUAGAGAAAUGUGGUGCUGAGGGACUGCAGAGUGUAGAGCAGGCGUGUAACUCUUACUCUCAUGUGGUGUACAAAGAUGUGCGGCUCUUUGAACUGGAAUCACUUUAUCCACUUUUGCAGGACCCAAACUUAGAUCUCCGCAUCAUCCACUUGGUCCGAGACCCACGGGCAGUGGUGCGGUCUAGGGAAGAGUCAGCCAGGGCCUUUGUCAGUGAUAAUGCUAUCGUCUUGGAACAGAAACGCAUCAAGGAAGCAGAGGUACAGUAUCAGGUCAUGCAGGAGAUCUGUCGCAGCCAUGUGCGUAUCAACGAGAGGGCGGUCGUGAAGCCACCUCCAUUUCUAAAAGGCCGUUACAAAUUGGUUCGCUAUGAGGACAUGGCACGCAACCCACUCCAGGAGAUCAAUGCCAUGUAUCAGUUUGUAGGUCUGGAGAUGACCACGCAACUGGCCACAUGGAUCUACCAGGUGACCCAUGGAAAAGGCAAAGGCUCUGUUAAAGAGGCCUUCAAGAUCACCUCAAGGAGUGCUACCAAUGUCUCCCAGGCUUGGCGCACCAUGCUGCCACACAACAAGGUCAAACGAAUCCAAGAAGUGUGUAAAGGGGCAAUGUCAUUGCUCGGGUACAGGACGGUGAACACCGAAAAGGAACAGAAGAGGCUCAACAUAGAUCUCCUGGUGCCACGGGAACCCUAUCAGUUCAGUUGGUUGCCUGAUAAAACACAGCAUCCUAACAACAGUUAGAACUGGAAUGACAAAGAUUUGUUAAAACAGGAAUAAAAACAGACUUUUUCACAGAUGGACUACUCAAACGACUGGAUGAGGGUAACACCCUGCCCUGGUCCCCCUGGUUUGAGGACCAAAGCCAAUAAUACCAAAACUAAAAGCAUAAAGAAGGCCAAAAGUAAGAAAUCAAACUAAUCAAGACUAGGUUUGCUGUGGCUGUCAGUUGCUGUCAGGGGAAUGACUGCUGUAGACACAGUUUUUGAAGUGGCCAGUUGACAAUGGGGGCCAAUCAGCAGCUGCCAUGUUGAAGCCAACUCAAAACAGCUCACCCAAUCAGACAAGGGACUUGUAGAGACUCUUAAAGGGACAGACCAUACACAAAAACAGUCCACAGACAUACUGACACACCGAUUUAUGACAAAAUAUGUCCUAGGCCGUAACACAACCAAAAUCCUAAUUUAAACAGUGUCACAAUAAACACAUAGAGCUGGCCAAGGCUAUUGCAUGCCACAUUGUUUUAAGCACAUGCAUCAAACCAUUGUCUCCUGAAGGCUCGAUUCAUGAUAAUGAUGCUAUUUUAUGCUUUCUAGUAGCUACUCUCGCCCUUCCAAUUCCUUAUGUGCACCUCAAGGACAGCCGAGUCUUAUAGAACAAAGAAAUACAGCUGUUUCCUAUGCAAAGUCUUUAAUGGUGCAACACGAUGUAUAAAUACUGACCAACCUCCAAGUAUCACCAGCACCUGAUGUGUUAACGCGCUAACAGCACUUAGACCUGAAGGACUACUCAUUUGGCUGCUCAUAUCUUUUUCUCAUGCUCAUGGUGUGAGAAAAGUUAAGAACCUGCAGAGAGCCGUGAGAAAAUGCAUUAGCACAAUGAAACUUACCUACCCUCUCUUAGCGAUGUUCAUGUUAUUAAUAUGGUACAGCCAGGAAACUCAAUAACUGGACUCAAGCUUAAUUCAUCCCUCAGUAAAAAGUGCAAUCACCACACACCCCACAAUAUAAAAAAACAGGUACUGACAAAAAGUUGUGUUUUUUUGCUGUUACUAAAACCUGCCAUAAAUGUUGCCCUAAAAUGGAGUCAGUCUGCUGUUUGUCUGCUAUUGAAUGUCUGACACAUCAAAAGAUAUUGAUGUAAAUGACAAAAGUCUCCCAGCUUGGACUAGAUUAUCUGCUACUUCUCAGACCUGCUCUCAGCUCAGAAUUAACCGUGUUAUUUUGCAUUCUGGCUCCAUUUAAGUGCCUGAGAAUUUAAACAUUAUUUCUUUACUCCCACUUGAAACUCCACAGUGAUGAAGUCAGAUCUUAACAGAACAGAUGCUUCCAUGAUGUAUUGUAGCUAUGAAGGGAUACAUUCAUGUAGGAGUGGAAUUCACAUGUUUACUUAAACUGGAUAAAAGUGCUCAGUGUCUUUAUUUACAUUUGUUUACAGGACCUGUCUACUUUAUUGAUUAAUACUUGAUUACACUGAAAUGUCUUUUAAUGAGUAGCAAAUGUUAAAUCACGUUGAUUUAAAUCUUUAUGGUAAGAUAAAAAGGAUAAAUUAACUACUGCUAAUCGUGUUUAGGGUGCUUUGUAGUAAAAAAUGUACAUUAAUUUUUUUUAAAUGCAUAAAAAAAAUCAUCAAAGGUUUCCGUUAAAGAUGGACUUCAGCUAUAACUUGGUGUGAGUUUUGUGUUUCAUAUAUGAUGAGUGUUCUGAUCGAAACAAUAUCUUCACUUUUUUGGAAAUUUGCUAUACUAUUGGACAGAAGGGUUUUACACCUCGGAGUAAAAUACACAACAAAAUAUUGUUUAUUUGAAAUGAUAUGUACUCUGAUUUAAGGUUUAUUUCAUCAAUGGGAACUUUAAAUGGGUUAUUCUACUCAUUAAAAACACUGGUUUUGAA